AUGUCCUGUAAUCAACAAAAGAAUGUUGUAAGAAAGAAUGUCAAGAGAAAGAAUGUUGUAAAGAAAUGUUGUUGUCCAAGAAUUAAAGCAUUUAAGAAAUUUAUGAACACAUUUGAAAAAGCACAAAUUGGAAAAGAAGCACCAGAAUUUAAAGCACAAGCAUAUUGUCCAUGUGGUUCAAUCAAAGAAAUUGAUAUUAAUGAAUAUAAAGGGAAAUAUGUUGUGUUAUUAUUUUAUCCAUUGGAUUGGACAUUUGUUUGUCCAACAGAAAUGAUUGGAUACAGUGAAGUUGCAGGACAAUUGAAAGAAAUCAAUUGUGAAGUUAUUGGAGUGAGUGUUGAUUCAGUUUAUUGUCAUCAAGCAUGGUGUGAAGCAGAUAAAAGUAAAGGAGGAGUAGGAAAAUUAGGAUUCCCAUUAAUAUCAGAUAUUAAAAGAUGUAUUUCAAUUAAAUAUGGAAUGUUAAAUGUAGAAACAGGAGUUUCAAGAAGAGGAUAUGUCAUUAUUGAUGAU